CCGAAGUCAAGAAGGCGUCCCUCCAUUCACGUAACAAAAUUGCGUUCAGAAACAGGUUACUUACGCGGGUUUUCUUAGCGUUUCUGACGAGCAAGGCGUUCCCAGGCCCACGCUGAAUACGACGUCUGGAUAAGUUUGUUUAAAUGCAAACGCCUCUGAGGCCAACCGCACGCGGCGAUCGCCACCUUGCCUUACACAGAUGCGCGGCCUCGCAUGUACCCUUUAUGCGCCCAGCUGUUCAGAUUUCGUCAUGUAUCGGUAAAGCUAUUUUUACGUUGCCAAUGAGAGCAGAAGUCGCGUGGAGCAGCGAUUCCGCGACUUCCUCUUUGAGGCGAGCACGGCCUGCGUUCGCGCGAUGUGCCAUCGCACGUGACAUUCAUGAUCUGCCGCCGUCUGCGCCAGCCAGCUCUGCACAGUUGCAAUCCAAUUUGGUCAAGAAGAAUAUGUACAGAGGCACAAAGCGUUUUUCCGUUCGAGCGGUUUCCGAAAAAGUUGGUGCAGUUCUUAAGGGCCAUUUUGUCAAGAACAGCUCGGUAAGUUCGGGUGUGAGCUCAAGGACAGCUUGCUCUGCAGCAGACAGCGCAUCGUGCGAUUUUUUUGCGCAAUGUACUACAACGGCAGCGUUCGCAACCGUUUUCGCGGAAUUGAGUGGCAAUCUUGUUUUCAUGUGCGCGUUCUGGUCUUGGUUGACUGCCCAGACCAUGAAAUAUUUUACUGCUUUCUAUAGGGAAGGCAAAUGGGACUGGCGGGUCAUGUUUGAUUCCGGCGGCAUGCCGUCAUCACAUACAUCGCUUGUCGUUGGCCUCACAACCGCGAUAGCGUACCAGUAUGGUCUCGGGUCUACGUUAUUCCCACUCAGCCUUGCCUUCAGCCUCAUAGUCAUGUAUGACGCAGCCGGCGUCCGGCGUCAUGCCGGGAAACAAGCAGAGGUCUUGAACAAAAUCUUGGAGGACAUGUUUCACGGCGAAUCAAUAAGCGAACGCAAACUAAAAGAGGUCUUAGGACAUUCACCUUUGCAAGUCAUGGCAGGAGCUGUGCUCGGUGUGUUUGUUGCUGUACUGUAUGCUUAUCAAUAUGGUUCUGGCUAUGCAGCACUUUCUUGAACAUCUACCUCAUACAUAUACGAAGGUCCUCU